AUGGAUGAACCCCCUAGUACAUUACUUAAAACAACCUUGGAACAACCCCUUGUUACAUUGAGUGAAACAGUUGAGUCAACCCUUGUCUAUAUACCAAGAAUUGAAAGCCCUUUGACUAAACCAAUGAUAGGAAGCACAUGUCCUAAUGUUGAUGGUUGGGAUGAUACAUAUGAAUGGUGUGAACCUUUUGGUGGGACUCCUAUGGAACAAGAUGAACCAAAUAGUGAAAAAGUAGGUGAAGACAGUCAAGCUAGUAAAAAUAGUCAUGAUAGUGAUGACAAUGAAGAUAGUGAAGACAGACAAGAUAGUGAUUACAUAGUUGAUGAAGAUAAUUUGUUAGAUGGUCCAGAGGUUGAUAUGAAGACUUUCACCUCAACAUUGACAAAGAGGUGGAGUGGGUUGGAAAUUUUCCUGGUGAUCGAGAUGAAGCAGUAG